UUCUUUAUUUUUCUUGCACUUCAGCUUUCUUUAACGUCUAAACGCCACCUUUUGGUGACCCUGUGAAACUAGAGAGACAGAGAGAGAGAGAGCGAUUUCUGGGUUGUGAAGGCAUGGCUUCCAAGCUGUUACUGGCCGUGGUGUUUGUGUUCGAUCUGAUAGCUUUUGCUCUUGCUGUUGCUGCUGAGCAACGAAGGGCCAAAGCCAGUCUAGAACCAGUUGACGGAAGAAAUUAUUGUCAUUAUGAUUCUGACAUCGCAACCGGCUUAGGUGUGGGGUCAUUCCUGUUCCUACUGGCUAGCCAAAUCCUGAUAGUGGUGGUAAGUCGUUGCUUGUGCUGUGGGAAAGCUUUGAGACCAAGUGGUGCUAGGGCAUGGGCAAUUUGCUUAUUUAUCACUUGCUGGGUGACAUUUGCUAUCGCCGAGGUGUGCUUGCUGGCUGGUUCUGUGAGGAAUGCGUACCACACCAAAUACAGUACUCUCUUAACAAAUGAUCCCCCUUCAUGCGAAAAGUUGAGAAAGGGAGUCUUUGGGGCUGGGGCUGCUUUCGUGGUCUUAACUGGGAUUUUCUCCGAACUUUACUAUGUUAGCUAUUCCAAGGCUAACGAUGAUAAGGCUCUCUAUGCAAGGGACGCUGGUGUGAGGAUGGGGAACCUAUAGUUGACCUCUCUUACAGACGCAUAGAGAUUCUAAUAUGUAUUAAUGGUUCACUUAAUUGGUUUUAGCUAAUUAUGUUAUUUGUGUAUGCAUAUCUACAUACGAUAUGGAGUCUGCGUUGAGGAUUUUACUGAGUAGACCUGUUUUUAGCUUAAUACAUGUUCUGUUUUGUACAUCAGAGAAACAUUUCUAAACUUGUCAAAGAAAAGAGGAUGAAUUUGUUCGA